AUGGAACGAUCAGAAUCUGGGAACGGAGAAACAGGGCUGAGAAGAUCAGGUUCGACGUCUUCGUCGAACUAUAGCAAUAUAAAUGCGAACUUGCACGCUCGAGUGAAAGCAUUCCAAGAGCAGCGACAACUGAAGCGCACGGGUAGUGUAAACUCAGGCCGAGCAGUGCAAGAUGCAGCAGCGCCUGCUGCGAAUAGCCCUGCCGCUCAAAGCACUGGCGCUCAAAGCACUGGCGGUAAUGCCGGAAGUGGCUCGGAGUCGCAGAAUAUUGACAAGAUUGUCAACAAGCCUUUGCCUCCGCUCCCUCCCAGCAAAGCGAGCAACCCGGUUCUGAGUCCAAUUAGGAAAGCGCCAAGACCACCUGCUAUGUCCUACGGUGCUGCCGGCACAGCCGGAGGCGUGGGUGGCGCUGGAGGAAUCGCUUCCCCAGCAGGCGCGGGGAAACAGAGUCUGAGCGCCAGACGUGGUCUGAAACUGCCCGCAGGCGGGAUGUCGCUCAAGAUGAAGGCUCCGCCGGCUCCUACGGCAGCCCAGGAGUUCGCUGGCGCACCUUCAAACCGGGGAUCUGGCCUCGUUGCUAACAAAAGCAAUCCAGGCUCGCUCAUAAACGGCGUGCCUACUACAUCCACAUCUUCGGGUCAGCAACGCGACACCGAAGGUACCACUCCGCAACAGCAACUCCAACAACAACAGCAGCAAAACCGCAGCGGAUCUAACGGGCUGUUUACUAAUUUCGCGAAAUACGUAGAUAUCAAGUCCGGAUCGCUAAAUUUCGCAGGGAAAUUGUCUUUGAGUUCCCAGGGUGUUGAUUUCAGCAACGGCUCUAGCUUUCGCAUAACGCUGGACGAGCUCGAGUUUCUUGAGGAGAUCGGUCAUGGCAAUUACGGAAACGUCUCCAAAGUCCUGCAUAAACCUACUAACGUCAUCAUGGCCAUGAAAGAGGUUCGACUCGAACUUGACGAGUCCAAGUUCACUCAGAUUCUUAUGGAGCUCGAAGUUCUGCAUAAAUGCCAAAGUCCCUUCAUUGUAGACUUCUAUGGCGCAUUUUUCAUCGAGGGUGCCGUCUACAUGUGUAUGGAAUACAUGGACGGUGGAUCGUUAGACAAAAUAUACGAUAGCGAUAUUCUCGGUGGCAUCGACGAGCCUCAAUUAGCGCGUAUCACCUACGCCAUAAUUCAGGGUCUCGGAGAAUUGAAAGACGUGCAUAACAUCAUCCAUCGGGACGUAAAGCCUACCAAUUUGCUGUGUUCUGCAGCUCAAGGUACUGUGAAACUUUGCGAUUUUGGUGUUUCGGGCAACCUAGUCGCGUCACUGGCUAAGACUAAUAUUGGAUGUCAGUCUUAUAUGGCUCCUGAGCGUAUCAAGUCUUUGAACCCAGAUAAAUCCACUUAUUCCGUACAAUCAGAUGUUUGGUCGCUGGGGCUUAGUAUCUUAGAAAUGGCCAUUGGCGCAUACCCAUACCCCGCGGAAACUUUCGACAACAUUUUCUCACAAUUGAGCGCCAUAGUAGACUCACCGCCACCUAAAUUGCCUAAAGGUCGGUACAGCUCGCUGGCACAAGAUUUCGUCAAUAUGUGUUUGCAAAAAAUACCGGAAAGGAGACCUACAUAUGCCGCACUACUAGAGCACCCAUGGCUGAAAACUUAUUCCGACGUUAAUGUCAACAUGAGUGAAUACAUCACUACACGCUUACAGAAAAAGCAACUUGCUACGGAGGCCACUGGUACGAAUGAAGCAACUAAAAACACUCUACCAGCUCUCCACAAAGGUGGACUAUGA